AUGUCGACUAGUCCAGGUCAGCUAAGUGUCGAAAUACCUCAGCCAUCGGGUUUUCACAACGCUAAUGAUAAUUUAUGUAGAGCUGCAGCUGCAAACUCACGUACCUCAAAGCCUCACCAUCCCUCACAAAAUGCGCUGCUCCUCGCGUUGGCGGUUCUCAGCAUUACCGUAGAAUCCGCCGUGGCUCAGUACCUGACCGGGGCCAACGUUGCAUACUGCCAAGUGGAUGCCCAGACCGGGCUGACGCAGAACAACCGGAUAUGCCUGCAGUCCUGCAACUUGAUCGAGGGCACGCCACAGCCGACGUAUGCGCAGUGGAACGCGUUUUGCCGCACGACUGCGAGCUCGGGCGAUUGGCCGGAGCAGUGCAGGGAUUACUAUGAGUGCGUCCUGGGUUGCGAUAUUUCCGAAAGGCUGAUCGGCCAGGGCACCACCGGUGGAAGCAUCGGGCGGCAACUCAUGCUCUUGCGGCCGGAGAACUUGAGCUCAGAAGACAAGUGCGAAAUGAAAAAGUGCGAGAGUUAUUGCAUGUUCCAGACGCAGCUGACCUGCCGCGAGGAGUCUUUUCGCAUCGACUGCGAGGGGUGGGCGUCGAGGCAGUUCAAUCCGUGCGAUGUGAAUUGCAGUUUUGCGGCGAGCAGGUUUGGCGGUAGUUCAAUGCUAUUCUGCUUCGCGAUUGUGUUGCUCAGUAUUUUCGCACACAGAAGCAGCUUCUAUCUACCGGCAACUUGAAGAUACUCAGCACUUGUUAAAAAAAGCGGUCGUGUACUUACACCGAGGACAAACAUGCAACCCCAUUCCUCCCCGAUGAAGACAAACCCAGUAUAUAGAAUUCGUGAGUCCGUUUUCAUUUGUUUCAUCUUGAAUGCAUGCUCUAAACCACAAAAUUAUUUUGCGAAAGUAGGUUCUAGUUCCUCUACUUCUUCAACGAUUCCCUUGUACAAUGAACCCACCUAUGACCGAUUGUUGAGUGUCCAGCCAGCCACAGAGUUAACUUUCAGCAAAUUCUUUUCGAAAACCGAU